AUGUCGAAAGCGGAUGCCAAAGCACAGAAACGCCAAAAGUUCGAGGCCGUCUUCUCCGUCCUCCUCGAUGAACUUGUUGCCCACUUGGCUUCUAAGAAUAUGCCUCAGGUUGCCCUCGACUGGUAUCGCAGGAACCUUGAGUACAACGUCCCGGGUGGGAAGCUCAACCGCGGCCUGUCCGUAGUCGACACCGUCGAAAUCCUCAAGGGCAGGAGUCUGACGGACGACGAGUACUUCAAGGCUGCCGUCCUCGGAUGGUGUGUCGAGCUGCUGCAAGCGUUCUUCCUAGUCUCGGAUGACAUGAUGGAUUCGUCAAUCACUCGCCGGGACCAACCGUGCUACUACAGGCUGGAGGGCGUAAAUCUGAUCGCUGUCAACGACUCGUUUAUGCUCGAAAUGGCCAUCUAUUAUUUGAUAAAGAAGCACUUUCGCCCUGAGCCAUACUAUAUCAAUCUCGUAGAGCUGUUUAUGGAGAUGACGUACGAAACAGAGAUUGGCCAGCUCAUUGACCUUCUCACAGCCCCCGAGAACCAUGUAGACCUGAAUCGUUUCUCCCUUGAAAGACAUCAGCUUAUCGUCAUCCACAAAACCGCGUAUUACUCCUUCUACCUCCCCGUUGCGGUUGCCAUGUACAUGUGCGGUAUCCAGCCCGCCUCCGCAGCUGCGGGCCCAGACCCGUACGAACUCGCGCAGUCGAUUCUCAUCCCGCUCGGCGAGUACUUCCAAGUGCAGGACGACUUCCUCGACUAUGCAGGCACGCCAGAGCAGAUCGGGAAGAUCGGCACGGACAUCGUUGACAACAAGUGCUCGUGGUGCGUGAAUACCGCGCUCGCUCGCGCGACGCCUGCCCAGCGCGCGGUGCUCGAUGAGAACUACGGCCGCAAGGAUGCCGCGUGCGAGGCCCGCAUAAAGGCGACGUACGAGGAGAUUGGCAUCCGCGCGCUGUACGAAGAGUACGAGGAAGCGGCGCACAAGCGCAUCAUGGGUCUCAUCGAGACGAUACCCGUGACGUCGAAAGCACCGGCAGGCCAGGCCGUCUUGAGGCGAGAGGUGUUCAAGACCUUCCUGGACAAGAUUUACAAGAGGUCGAAGUGA